AUGGGGUCUCAAGAUUUGGCUAGUUUAGUUGGCAGAUUCAAGUACGUUAGGGUCCUGGAUUCGAACCCUCACACGAAGACCAUCUCAUUAUUGGGCAGUAUAGACGGGAAAGAUGCCGUAUUAACUGCAGAAAAGACACAUUUCAUAUUCGAUGAAACGGUUCGUAGACCUUCUCAAAGUGGCCGUAGCACGCCUGUUUUCUUUCACCGUGAAAUAGACGAGUAUUCCUUUUUGGAUGGUAUCACGGACUUGAAAGAACUGACUUCAAAUGACAUCUACUAUUGGGGGCUGUCUGUUUUGAAGCAAGACAUCCUACACAACCCAACCGCAAAAGUCAAUUUGAUUUGGCCCGCCUCGCAAUUCCACAUCAAGGGCUACGACCAGCAGGAUUUACAUGUCGUUAGAGAAACUCCCGAAAUGUAUGCUAAUAUGGUUGUUCCUUUCAUCCAGGAGAUGUGUACGAGCGAAAGGAUGAAGUGGGUCAACAAUAUUCUUUACGAGGGCGCUGAAGAUGAUAGAGUCGUCUACAAGGAAUACAGCGAGAGGAAUAAAGACGACGGAUUUGUCAUCUUACCCGAUAUGAAGUGGGAUGGGAUCAACAUUGAUUCGCUAUACCUGGUCGCUAUUGUGUACAGAGAUGAUAUCAAAUCCUUGAGAGACUUGGGUCCCAAGCAUAGGGACUGGUUGAUCAAACUGAAUAAAAAGAUUAAGACGAUUAUUCCUCAACACUAUGAUUAUAAUGUGAAUCCAGACGAAUUAAGAGUUUUUGUCCAUUACCAGCCCUCCUAUUACCACUUCCAUGUCCAUAUAGUAAAUAUAAGACACCCGGGUGUGGGCGAAGAGAGAGGCGCGGGGAAAACAAUGUUGCUGGAAGACAUUAUAGAAGCGUUGGGUUUCUUGGGCCCUGAUGGUUACAUGAAGAAAACUCUUACGUAUGUCAUUGGUGAAAACCAUGAAUUAUGGAAAAAGGGCUUUAAGGAAGAAGUUCAAAAACAAUUAGAGCAUGAUGGCAUUGCUACUAGCCCUGAAAAGGGUUCCGGCUUCCACGCUAGUUUGAGUUGA